AUGCCAUGGAACUACCACGCUUACUUUCCAGCUAAUGUUCGUUGGGUAUAUUUGGCUCCGGGAUCUUAUGUCAAAGGCGCUUUCCAGUUUCAAUCUACUGAUAAUAUUAAAGUGACAGGCUUUGGUGUUCUUUCAGGAGAAAAAUAUGUAUAUGAGGCCGACAUCAACAAUAAUUAUCAUCACAGUAUAGGCGAUCAGUGUUGGGCAACAUGUGUUAAAAUGCUUCGUUUCAGUUCUGAUCAUGGCAAAGAACAACAUCUUCAUCUUCAAGGUGUCACUAUCUCCGAACCACCAUACCAUUCAUUUGUUGUCUAUGGUGAUGAACAAACCUUUCAUAUGACUGUUUCAUCCUAUCAUCAAGUUGGGAGUUGGUAUUGGCAAACUGAUGGUCUAGAAAUCUAUCGAAGAAGUACACUAGGAAACACUUUCUUCCAUUCAAACGAUGAUGUUCUGAAAAUCUAUCAUUCUGAUGUGAAAGUAAGAAACAUUGUUGUAUGGAAGAAUGAAAAUGGACCUGUCAUUCAAUGGGGAUGGGCACCAAGAACUAUCAAUAAAGUUUCAAUAGAUACAGUUGAUGUCAUUCAUAAUAGAAUAUGGUGGUCGGACAUCAAGCAUAAUACUUGCAUUAUCAAUUCAGCUACCUAUUACGCUGACACAGAGUCGACUAAUACGGCAGAUCCAAAUCAAAUGAUUGACGGUCUAGUCAUUUCUAAUAUUCGCUCCGAAGGUAUGAGUCCUUGUGCUAUGCGUAUUUAUGCUCUUUCCAACACUCAAUCUAUCACAAUCAAAAAUCUUUUCAUUGAAAAAUGGAAUGAUUUAGACAAAUCAUCACAGAUGAGCAUUUUCAAAGCCUAUUCAGACAAGAAUGGCAAUAAAGUCAAAAUUGGAAAUCAGUCAACCGAUAAAAAAGGUUUAGCUAUCGAAAACUACACAGUGGCUAAUAUCAAAGUUGCCAGAGUGUCAAAUAACUGGCAAGACUUUAGCAUCGGUCGUUUACAUUUUGAUGCUUAUUUAUGGGAUAAUUGGGAUGCUUCUUAA